CAGAGGACGCUUAGUUGAAGUGACCAAGUGAAACAAACGUGGCACUCUACUACUCCAAACCCCAGCACAGCAGCAGCCAUCAUCAUCAUCAGGUUCUUUCUUUAUAAAGACCCGGUGAAGCGUAAGAGAUCGGCAAGAAUCAAGAACCAUCAAGAAAUGGCAGGAACUUCAGUGUUUGCAGAGCUAGUUGAUGAAGCUCCUCCUGUUUUUAAGUUCUACUCAGCUGGUGAGUGGAAAAAGUCUACAUCAGGAAAAUUAGUAUCCAUCAUCAACCCUACCACUAGAAAGACUCAGUACAAGGUACAAGCUUGUACUCAAGAAGAGGUGAAUAAGAUCAUAGAAGCAGCAAAAACAGCUCAAAAAUCAUGGGCCAAGACUCCACUGUGGAAAAGAGCAGAAUUACUUCACAAAGCAGCUGCAAUAUUGAAAGAGCACCGAGCACCAAUUGCUGAAUGUCUUGUCAAAGAGAUUGCGAAGCCGGCUAAAGAUGCAGUCACUGAAGUGGUGAGGUCAGGGGAUUUGGUGUCAUAUUGUGCUGAAGAAGGGGUUAGGAUUCUUGGAGAAGGGAAAUUUCUGGUGUCUGAUAGCUUUCCUGGGAAUGAAAGGACCAAAUACUGCCUCACUUCAAAGAUUCCGCUUGGCGUUGUCUUGGCUAUCCCACCUUUUAACUAUCCUGUCAAUCUUGCUGUUUCAAAAAUUGCUCCUGCACUAAUUGCCGGAAACUCCAUUGUGCUCAAGCCCCCAACCCAGGGUGCUGUGGCUGCACUACACAUGGUCCAUUGCUUUCACUUGGCUGGUUUUCCCAAAGGUCUCAUUAGCUGUGUUACUGGAAAGGGUUCAGAGAUUGGUGACUUCCUCACAAUGCAUCCUGGUGUUAGCUGUAUAAGUUUUACAGGUGGAGACACUGGAAUAGCAAUCUCAAAGAAGGCUGGGAUGAUCCCACUUCAAAUGGAACUAGGUGGUAAAGAUGCUUGUAUCAUCCUAGAAGAUGGUGAUUUGGAUUUAGCAGCAGCUAAUAUCAUUAAAGGAGGCUUCUCGUACAGUGGUCAAAGGUGCACGGCUGUGAAGGUUAUCCUCAUCAUGGAAUCGGUAGCUGACACUCUUGUUGAAAAGGUUAAAGCUAAAGUAGCAAAACUGACUGUUGGGCCACCUGAGGAUGACUGUGAUAUUACUCCAGUUGUUACAGAGUCUUCUGCAAACUUCAUUGAAGGACUGGUCAUGGAUGCCAAGCAGAAAGGGGCAACAUUCUGUCAAGAGUAUAAGCGGGAGGGCAACCUAAUAUGGCCAUUGUUGUUAGAUAAUGUCCGGCCUGAUAUGAGGAUUGCUUGGGAAGAGCCUUUUGGUCCAGUUUUACCGGUUCUCAGAAUAAACUCUAUUGAAGAAGCUAUCCACCACAGCAAUGCUAGCAAUUUUGGUCUUCAGGGAUGCAUCUUUACAAGAGAUAUAAACAAAGCAAUUUUAAUUAGUGAUGCCAUGGAGACAGGAACAGUGCAGAUCAAUUCCGCACCAGCUCGUGGACCUGAUCAUUUCCCAUUCCAGGGAUUGAAGGACAGUGGAAUCGGUUCCCAGGGAAUCACCAACAGUAUUAACAUGAUGACGAAGAUCAAGAGUACAGUAAUCAACUUGCCUACCCCUUCUUACGCUAUGGGUUGAUUCACAAUCUGGCUUUAAAAUGUUAUUAUAAGUGGCAUACAUCUACAAUAAGUUACAUGAACUGCCAUCUUUUAGUUCACCGGUACAAUCAACAAGUCAUCACGUACUUGUUUGUAUAAAAGAAGAGUGGUGAAUCUAAUGACCUGCAUAUUUUGUAGCAUUUGCUUUCGGCUUGUAAAACAUGGCAUUUGGAUGAUUUCUUGUUUUGUGGAAGGCUAAGGGUUGAAACAAAGCCAGGUUUAUUGUUUACAGAUAUUACUGACCAGCUUUUAAUUAGUUGCCUGCCUUUCUUUUUA